AUGGUGCAUUUCCCCCCUUCCAGAUGGUGCAUUUCCCCCCUUCCAGAUGGUGCAUCCCAAGAUGGAUGGGGGCAUGGGGGGACACAUGAUGCAUCCCAAGAUGGACGCAGGCAUGGGGGGGGCCAAGGGGGGAGGCGGGGGGGAAAUCGGGGGGGAAAUCGGGGGGGAAGGAGGGGGCGCAGAGGGGGCGAGGGGGGAGGUGGAGAGUGUGGGGGAGGCGAUGGAGCGAGGGCUGCUGCCGCUGCCUCUGCCAGUGCACCGCAUUGUGGACCUCUCGAGGGGGGAGGUGGAGAGUGUGGGGGAGGCGGUGGAGCGAGGGCUGCUGCCUCUGCCAGCGCACCGCAUCGUGAACCUCUGCCACGUGGCACAGCGGGCACAGCCUACCCCAAACCGUAUUCACCUGCGCCUACCUGCUGUUGCCGCCCCUUCAAGCCCUUUGUGCGCCACAUUCCCCACUGCCUCAUGCCUUCCUCUCUCGCCCCCUGUUGCUUCCUCUCCCCUCCAUCCCCUCCCCACAGGCGACAUGGCACAGCGGGCACAGCCUGCCCCAGACCGUAUUCACCUGCGCCUACCUGCUGCUGCCCCCGCUCGCCGCCCCUUCCAACUGCACGGCCUCCCCCUCCCCCUCCCCCUCCCCCUCCCCCUCCCCCUCCCCCUCCCCCUCCCCCUCCCCCUCCCCCUCCCCCUCCCCCUCCCCCUCCCCCUCCCCCUCCCCCUCCCCCUCCCUCUCCUCGUCACCACUACUGCUGGCGCUGCUGUCAGCCACCCUCGCCUGUGUGAACAGCGUGCGAUCUGCAGCCUGCUGGACGCACCAACGCGAGUGGGGGGCCUGCCUCUGGAGGGACGAGCGUAUUUUUCACCCCCACCUACUCCCCCUCCCCCAACCUCUUCCCUCCCCCAUCCCUUCCCCAUCCUCUCACAGGAGGAGGACUUUGUGACGUCAGCAGGCGGCCUGCCUCUGGAGGGGCGAGUGGGGGAGGCAGCAGUGGCGCCGCUGAGAGCGCUGCUGGCGGGGAUUGAAGGCAGUGGGGAAGGGGACGCUCGGAAGGGAAAAGUGGCGCCGCUGAGAGUGCUGCUGGCGGGGCUGGAGGGCAGUGGGGAGGGGACACGGGGAAAGGGGCAGGUGAGUAAGAGGAGAGGUCACACUCGCCCAUCCAGAGGCAGUGGCUCCACUCAGAGCGCUGCUGGCCGGGCUGGAAGGACAAGGGGCAGGUGGGAAUGGGGUGGGUGGGAGGGGGGCGUGCGCAGGGGAGGGGGAACAAGUGCGGGGAUCAGGAAGAGGGCGAAGGGGCGAGUGGGAAGGCGGCAGUGCUGGGGAGGCGAGGAGGCAGGGAAGGUGGGGGAGCGCCAAGGGGACGGGACAGGUGGAGAGGGGUCAGGGGUGGGAGUGGGAAUGGCCAGCGAGGGGGAGGCAGCAGCAUUGCCGCGCAGGGCACUGCUGGUGGGGCUGGAAGGCAGUGGCGAAUGGAGCAGGUGGGGACGAGGAGAGGUGUGGCGGGGGGGAGCUGUGUGGAGUGGGGGGGGUGGGAACUUCCGGUGUAGAGGAGUGUCACGCCGUCCCUCUUCCCCGCUACCUGUUGGCACACCUGUCCCCUUCCCCGCUACCUGUUGGCACGCCUGUCCCCUUCCCCGCUACCUGUUGGCACGCCUGUCCCCUUCCCCGCUACCUGUUGGCACGCCUGUCACCUUCCCCGCUACCACGCCUGUCACCUUCCCCGCUACCUGUUGGCACGCCUGUCCCCUUCCCCGCUACCUGUUGGCACGCGUGUCACCUUCCCCGCUACCUGUUGCCUUUGCCUUUUUCACGAUCAUCAGCACUCGCAUCUUCACUCCCAUGCCAUCCGCCUGCGUUUACCGCUCCACACACCCCACACACCCAUGCAAGGAAGCAGAGGCAGUGCGUGAAAAGCAGCAGCAGGGCGACUCUGUGCUCUCUGGGCUGGGCCCUGCUCUCCGUACUACCCUCAUGCGCAUGGCUUUGCAGGGAGUUUUUGAGAAUUCUCAAAAGCUCUCUGGGCUGGACCCUGCUCUCCGUACUACCCUCAUGCGCAUGGCUUUGCAGGGAGUUUUUGAGAAUUCUCAAAAGCUCUCUGGGCUGGACCCUGCUCUCCGUACUACCCUCAUGCGCAUGGCUUUGCAGGGAGUUUUUGAGAAUUCUCAAAAGCUCUCUGGGCUGGACCCUGCUCUCCGUACUACCCUCAUGCGCAUGGCUUUGCAGGGAGUUUUUGAGAAUUCUCAGAAGCUCUCUGGGCUGGACCCUGCUCUCCGUACUACCCUCAUGCGCAUGGCUUUGCAGGGAGUUUUUGAGAAUUCUCAAAAGCUCUCUGGGCUGGACCCUGCUCUCCGUACUACCCUCAUGCGCAUGGCUUUGCAGGGAGUUUUUGAGAAUUCUCAAAAGCUCUCUGGGCUGGACCCUGCUCUCCGUACUACCCUCAUGCGCAUGGCUUUGCAGGGAGUUUUUGAGAAUUCUCAAAAGCUCUCUGGGCUGGACCCUGCUCUCCGUACUACCCUCAUGCGCAUGGCUUUGCAGGGAGUUUUUGAGAAUUCUCAAAAGCUCUCUGGGCUGGACCCUGCUCUCCGUACUACCCUCAUGCGCAUGGCUUUGCAGGGAGUUUUUGAGAAUUCUCAAAAGCUCUCUGGGCUGGACCCUGCUCUCCGUACUACCCUCAUGCGCAUGGCUUUGCAGGGAGUUUUUGAGAUUUCUCGAAAGCUCUCUGGGCUGGACCCUGCUCUCCGUACUACCCUCAUGCGCAUGGCUUUGCAGGGAGUUUUUGAGAAUUCUCAAAAGCUCUCUGGGCUGGACCCUGCUCUCCGUACUACCCUCAUGCGCAUGGCUUUGCAGGGAGUUUUUGAGAAUUCUCGAAAGCUCUCUGGGCUGGACCCUGCUCUCCGUACUACCCUCAUGCGCAUGGCUUUGCAGGGAGUUUUUGAGAAUUCUCAAAAGCUCUCUGGGCUGGACCCUGCUCUCCGUACUACCCUCAUGCGCAUGGCUUGCCUGCCUCUCGCCUGGAAGGCACCAGCAUCAGGGCGCAAGGAGCAGCAGCAGGGCGACCCUGUGCUCUCUGGGCUGGACCCUGCUCUCCUCUCCGCGCUAACGGCCCGCAUGCAAUUCCGACUGGCUCUCUAUGACGCGCUCUCAGCACUCCAAACGGCCCGCCUGCCCGCCCAUCUGCCCGCCUGUGCGCUCAAGAUUCAGCUCGCCCAGACCGCCCUGCACAAACUCAAGAUCUCCUUGCCCCCGACUGCCCCCGCUGCUGGGGGAGAGGGAGGAGAAAGGGGAGAGGGGGAGCAGGCGGAGGGGGGGAGUGGGGGGCAGCAGACGGCGUCAGGAAGGGCGGCGCCGGGCAUGUGUCCGGCCAUCAACACCCAUCUGCUGCCGCCCACGCCGCCCCGUCCCACGCACCUGCUGACGUGGCACGAGGCAUUGGACCACUUCUCUCGUCUAUUGACCCACCUCACUUUCAUCUGCCAUCUGCCAUCCACCUCACCGCCCGAUCUGCUGGAGCUCUCGCGCUUCCUCGCCCACUUCCGCGCCCUCAACCCGGGCCCCGUCGCCCGCGCUGCCCUGCAGCUGCUGCUACUCCGAGAAGGUCUCAUUCUCAGCCACGACCCCACAGACGUCAUCCUGCAUUCGCUGCACCUGCCGCCUGCCCUGCUGCCCCCGCCUGGACCUGCUGCAGGUGGUGCUGGCGGUGGUGGGGGUGUUGGUGGUGGGGAUGGAGGCAGCAGUGCGGCUUUAGGGAAAUUUGUCAAGAAGGCGUCGCAUGCGGUACAGGCGGUGCUGAGGGCGCAGUGCAGCAACGGAGCAAGGGAGAGGCGAAUGCUGGCCAAGCUGCUGCCCGACUGGAGCCAUCUCCUGUCUCUCGCUGGCGACGUGGACGCAUGUGAUGCCGUCGAGCGCUACACCACCACUAAUUUCGCUCAGGGGUGGUGGAGGGAGAGCGUGGCAACGAGCUGGGUGGUGGAGUACACAUGUCGCAUCGUCAUUCGCUAUCUGCAGCUUGGCUUCUCCACGCGCCUCUACGCGCCCUCUGAGUUCCUUUCCGCCUUCUGGUAUCUCGACAGUGUGCUGGCCACACUCAUCCACAACGUUUCUGCCCGAGAAGCGUCCUUGCAAAAACCUUUCACAGCCCCUUCCUCCCGCAAGUCUCGGCGCAAGCCAGCAGCAGUCCCUCCCCCCUCGCCCCCGCCGCCUUCCCUUGAUCUGGCGCUGAUAACUGCAUACCAGCUGCUAUGCAAGGCAUACGUGCGGCUGCUGGCAGCGUUCGUCCUAGACGGCAAGCUGAAUCAGCGCCCCUCUCCAUUCAACAGCGACCGCCAGCGCUACCAGCAGCGCUAUGCAGUGCUCAAGAGGGUGCAGCUGCCAGAGCCGCUCUCCUACGCCGCCUUCCAGCGCGCUGUCUCCCCGGCCGGCCUCUCU